UGUAAACACUGGCGAAAUUACUAGCUGAAUGGCACCAGGAGAAUGUUUACGGGGAUCUGGAUAUUUGAAUUUGUUUUGCUCGGCGUGGGGCUAGCGAGGCUUGGCCCCGACCCAGAGAUCCGUCCGUACACCUGCGAAGAAUUUGAGCACGGUGCUCGCUUCGACCCCUACGAGGUCAUAGACUCCAUGUGGAAGAUCUUCUACUUCUGGGCUAACACGACGGAAUUAUAUCCCAUUAUUUUUUCGUUGCCAGCCAAGCGUAGAAUCGAGAGGUUUAGGACUGUGCUGGAGGUGGUGGACCCGCAGCUCGCUCGUGCGGUGCAGUGGCGGCUGGCCACCCUCGUCAUGGAGCCGCGACCUGGUGUCCAGGUCAUGCUGAUGUACUCUGGAACCCCUGGCGCCUUCCGCGCGCUUGUCAAGAAGGAGCAACGGAACACCGUGCGCCCACACCCGGUCCCCCUGAUAAAAUUUGCUGAUGUACGAAUGAAGCUCGUGGAUCGUUAUAUGGGUAUGAUGUGUUGUGAAGAUCUGACCAUGUACGCCUUGUCGAGAUUGUACGAGACACCCGAAACCGAAUUGGACUGUCAGAAGGCGGCUGCUAAGAUAGGAUUUCCUUUCGGAGGAGGCUACUCGCACUUAUAUGCCAUGAACUUGACAAAACGAGACAUCGAUGACGAACUUUGAGCUAUACGAGUCGAAUAAACAAUUCAAUGCCAACCAACAGGGAUUUCAAUGUGAACAAUUCACCUUGUAGAAAAUCAAACAAAACAAUUCUAGGCCUAGACUAGGCAGACAAAAGACACAAUUUACUUCUAACAAUGUACGAUUGAACAGAUAUGUAUAUACCCAAUCGUUAGUUCCUAAGCAUUUUUGUGAUAAUAGAGGAUAAACAUAAUAGUCAAUAAAUAUCUAAGUCAAUGGAA